UUUGUCUAUUUUAUUAUAAGCGUGCUUUUUUUUCUUUCUCCAUCUAAUGUGUUUGUCGUGUGUGGAAUCAUGAGAUUCCCACUAUGUUGAUAAUCUAUUGAACAUGAACUGAGACUUUUGAGCAUCAUUUGCCAAAUCAAUCGUGAACAAAUGAGCUCUAUGAUGAAGCCUCAUGCAGUUUGUAUCCCUCUUCCAGCUCAAGGCCACAUAAACCCAAUGAUCAAACUUGCAAAGCUUCUCCAUUUCAAAGGAUUCUAUAUAACCUUCGUCCACACAGAGUUCAACUACAAUCGCUUACUUGAAUCUAGAGGCUCAGAUGCUCUUAACGGCGCAGAGGAUUUCCAGUUCGAGACUAUAUCCGAUGGCUUGCCACCGACGAACCAACGUGGGAUACUUGACCUCCCGGAGUUGUGCAGAGCCAUGCCGGUUGAGGGCCAGCGUUCAUUCAGAGACCUCAUCAAAAAACUCAACAAGGCUUCGUCGUGGUCGGAUGUGCCAGCUGUAAGUUGUAUUGUUUCUGAUGGAGUGAUGGGCUUCACCUUACGAGUUGCUCAAGAAUUUGGCAUCCCGGAGAUGCUUCUAUUUACACCUAGUGGUUGUGGUAUGUUGGGUUAUCUACACUAUGAAGAUCUAGUAGAAAGAGGUUAUUUUCCAUUGAAAGAUGAUAGCGACUUAAGUACUGGCUUUCUUGAUACCGUGAUUGAUUGGAUACCCGCAAUGGAAGGAAUUCGAUUGAAAGAUCUCCCCACCUUCCUCCGAACAACGAAUCGCGAUGAUACAAUGUUCAACUACAACAUACAAGCAAUAGAGAUUGCCAUGAAAGCUCAAGGUGUGAUCCUCAACACAUUUGAUGAAUUGGAGAAAGAAUUCUUGGAUGUGAUCACAACAAAGUUCCCCCAGCUCUACACCAUUGGUCCACUAUCACUCCUUCAACACAACAUGUCCACAACACAUCACUUGGACUCAAUUGAUUCAAAUUUGUGGAAGGAAGACAAGAAAUGCUUGGACUGGUUAGAUAAGAGAGAGCCUCAAUCAGUGGUGUAUGUCAACUAUGGAAGCCUAGUAAUAAUGACUAAAGAACAAUUGGCUGAGUUUGCUUGGGGACUUGCCAAUAGCAAAUAUCCAUUUUUAUGGGUCAUUAGGCCAAAUCUUGUAGAUGGUGGAGAAGAGAUUUUAUCAAAUGAAGAUUUCAUGGAGGAGACAAAGAAAAGAGGCUUGUUUUUGGAAUGGGGUCCACAAGAGGAACUUCUUAAGCAUCCUUCAAUUGGAGGCUUUUUAACACAUUGCGGUUGGAAUUCGACUUUGGAAAGCAUUUGUGAAGGAGUGCCAUUAAUUUGUUGGCCUUUUUUUGCAGAACAACAAACCAACUGCUUUUAUUUAUGUAAUAAAUGGGGGUUUGGGAUGGAGAUUGACACAAAAGUGAAGAGAGAGAAGGUGGAGAGGCUUGUGAGAGAGUUGAUGGAGGGUGAGAAAGGGAAGAAGAUGAGGGAAAAGGCUAUGGAAUGGAAGAAGAAGGCAGAAGCAGCUACAAGAACUGGUGGAUCUUCUUACACCAACUUUGAUAUGUUGGUUAAGCAGCUCAAACAAGAGCCCAUUGGCUUGGAGAACUUGUCAUAGAGUUAUUGGGGGUAUGCAGCUUUUAUUUUAUUCACAUAUAAAAAAUUGUCAUUGUGUAAGGGGCUUGUAGCUCAAGUAAUUUAAUAGCAUUUAUUCAUGCACCCGAAGUCUUAGGAUUGAUUUUUCACUCUCUAAUAUCACUUGUAUAAAAUAAAAAUAAAAAUAUUAUCUUUGUCA